AGCCUUGUCACGAAAGCCUUGACUGCUAUGAUUUCUAUCUCCUGGGAAAUGCCACUAAGAACACUAAAGCUAACUUGGAAAAUUUAGUGGCCAGCAAUGCAAUCGAAGAGCAGUUCUCUCUCGCCGUGGUCAGCUACGCGCUCAGUAAGGCAAAGAGUCCUUUGGCUAAGAGAGUUUUUGACAAGCUUCUGACGUUUUCCAAGACUGAAGGUAAUCAUGAAAUAAACGCAUGAUAAAUGUAGUUACUAGCAUGAUUAAUUCAUUCUGUAUAUUGUGGAGAGUUUGGACCACGACGGCGCCGGCCGUCUGACCAGGGAUUAGCGGCCGUCUGACAGGUACAGCCGGCGCCAGCUGACAGAGAUUACGACCGAAGGAUCAAGCGCUGGGGGCGGUACCGGCCAUCCAUAUGACCAGGGCAUUUCCCUGGUCUGUUUGUAAUCUGGCGCCGAUUGGGAAAAAGGGGCGGGGUAUAAUGCGCAGUCCAGACCUGGGAGAGGAACUAUGGGACAGGGAGGUAUAAAUAGGGAUCUCUGGACGGGACGAAAAGGAGAAGGCGGCCGGACUGAGAACUAGAUAGCAGGGAGAAGUCAGAGUUGUGAGAUGAGUGAAAGUGUAAGCAAAGUGACAGCCCAAUAAAGAACACGAGUUUAAAUGUUAUCGCCGGAGUUGUUUCCUUAUUGAGUACCAGAUCUAGAUGAAGAUAGCAGAGAGUAAGCAAGGUUCCCUUACAAUAUUGAUAAAUGUUGGCCUGAUUAAAGGACAUGGUGUAAAUAUGAUAGUUUAAAUGGAAGUAGGCUACUCUCUUAGGCUUGACCAUAUGUUUAUCACACUGCCAAGAAAUAUUUACACACUGUAAAGCGUACAAGGUCAUACACAGUACAAGUGGUAUGUACUAUUACAGCGGUUCUCGACCUUGCUAAUGCCGCGACCCUUUAAUACAGUUCAUCGUGUUGUGGUGACCCACAACCCUAAACUGUUUUCGUUGGUUCUUCAGAAAUAUUUGUUUUCCGAUGGUCUUAGGCGACCCCCGUGUAAGUGUCGUUCUACCCCCCAAAGGGGUCACGACCCGCAGGAUGAGAACCGUUAUACAAGUAGAGCACACAUGUGAGUUUAAUUGCCUACAUGUUACUCAGCCCAGGCACCUACUGCAUUAAAUUUAUAUUGGUUUUGAAUGGAUACCACGACGAAGGGCGGGAGGUACGUCCGACCAGGGUGGCAAUUUUUUCGGGGCGCUGCAUUUUGAGUCCACAUAUAAUAAUUUAAAUGGUUUAUUGCUAGUAGUUUUGCCUUUUGGUUCCGUGAGUGGCAAAGACAAAGAGUGCCUUUAAUGGGUUCCUUGUUUUGAUAACUAGAACGAUACGACUGGCAAUGAUCAAGGCUGGGGCAAUCAAAAGCUGCGCCUGGGGCAAGCAAAAGCUGCGCCUGGGGCAAGCAAAAGCUGCGCCUGGGGCAAGCAAAAGCUGCGCCUGGGGCAAGCAAAAGCUGCGCCUGGGGCAAGCAAAAUCUGCCCCUGGGGCAAGCAAAAGCUGCGCUUGGGACAACCCUUGAUUAUGCGAACUUUAUUCUUCCCAACCAUGUAUUAACACACAUGCUUUAAAAUAACAAUGCCCCCCCUCCCCCCCCCCGUCCUUUUUUCCCCCGCUUGACCUUGUUUAAGAUCACCUCUUUGAUAUGUCAUUUGUUUCGGUGGUGGAAUGAAUCCAUUAGACACUCAACAAACAACGGCGUUACGUGGCAUAAAACCAGCAUCCGACAAGCCCCCCCCCCCUCGCCCCCCAUCCUUUUUCUUAGUGACUCGGCCAAUGCAAGAUUUUUUAAAUGACCAGAAUUUUUUUUAUCACAAGGAAAGGAAUCGUGACAAAAAGAUCUCAUCUCAAAAUAAUCACAACCCAACAUUUAAAGACUAAAAUUUUUUCAGCGGUCACUACUAAAAAGUGAAAUCAAUAAUUGUUUCUGUCCCUUUUUCAUGCAUUUUGGUUCAACCUUUAGUUCCACCCUAGUACCGUAAAAUGUGUAUCUUGCCAAGGAAAGAAUAACGAUCAUAAGAAAUAAUAUGACUAGCAUAAAGGUAACAAGUAUAAAACAACAGUCAAAUAUCAUGCCAAAUAACAUAAAGAUGACAUUUAAAUUUAACUUUGAUAAUUACAAGUGGGAAAAAAAAAACAUAUCGGAAACUUAUUUGGCUUCAUAUGUUUUUUUACUAUGUUGUUUAUUGCAUUUGUUAAAGUUAGAUACAUACAAUGUAAAUGUGUAUUUCUUUUCAUCAAUUUCACAAUUAAUGACACAAGGAGAUUUAAAAGGAGCAGACUUCUUUUAAGGCCAUUAUCAUGUAAUAUUCCUGUUAUUUUACUUUUAUUAAAAAAAAAAAUCGCUACAAAUAACUACCAAGCUGAAUCUCACAUUUGAUACGCCAGGUAAUAUUUUGUACUGGAAAGCCAACAGCUCGGAUGCCGACGCUCCACGAGUGAGGUAUGCUAUUUGGCGCCCACCGCGAAUUCAGGCCCAGUCCAGCGAUAUCUUGAUAACGUCUUACGCCAUCUUGACUUUCACGGAACUAGGUCGCGUCAACGAGGCUCUGCCCGCCGUCCGAUGGCUGACCACACAACGCAACGAACAAGGCGGGUUCUCUUCCACUCAGGUAUCUUCGACACUAUUAGGUCCUACAUGUCAGUUUACGAUGGAUGGUAUUUAUCCAGAAAAUAAGAUUGAACAACUUCAAAUUAAAUGAGAUAGAUCUAUUAAUUUAAUGUAUGCAUUUUAUUUGUCAUCUUCAAAAUCUAAAAAUUCAACAAUUUGUUUUUGCACAAAGUGUGAAGACAUCAGGUAACAUCAUGUUUUAGCCUGUGUCUUAACCUAAUUAUACUUUCAACGUAUAACUAAAGUGUCCAAUAUUUCUACCCACUUUAUUUUGUUUUAAACAACAUCGUUACCAGUUAAAGGCUAUAUCACAUUCUUCCUUCCCUUUAUUUGGAAAAGGUUAUUUACCUUCUAAUUUGUUCUUAAAAAAUGCUUUCGGGUGACGAAAUUUCUAGAAUUUCUGUACUGGGGUGUUUCCAACUCCCUUCCUAUUAAUAAGCCGGCAGCUUUCAAAUCCAGCAGAGAUUUUUAUCUAAUUUUCCUAGACAUAUACGAGACGUAAGAUAACGAUGGUAAUCUUACGAGAUUGUAUUCUUUAUGUAUGCGUAUUAAAAAUUGAAUCCUUCGAAGAUUAUACAUUUUCACUUACUGUGCUGUAAGGUAUUAUAGUUUUCAUAGGUCUGUAAAUCUUAUUUGUCUUUGUGGAUAAAUGUAAUAGUACAAUUAAAUUGAAUAUUCUUAAUAUCAAUAGCUCGUUUAUUUUUGCAUACUGGAUAUCAGAAUGUAGUUAUUUUUUGUUCAUCUAACGAGCCAAAUCUUCAAACAUAUUAAAUUUGCAAAUACCAUAUAACUGUAGGUAACACAUACUUUUAACAUAAAAAGACACACAUAUCAUGUAACAUUCUUUAAGACAUAAAAUUAGUGCAGCCAUUGGUAAUUUUAAACAUGUUAUUUCAUAAAACCUGAUGCACCUGUGUACAAGAUGCCACACACUCUAAUUUAACUUCUUGGUUUAUUUCGGAUAACUCGGAAAUUUAUUGCACAUCUCAAGUAGAGAAACAUAAUUACCUAGGUGUCACCAUUAGUAAUGAGCUGACAUCGUAUAAACACGGACAAAUUCUGUAUAAAAAGUCAAACAAUUUUUUUUUCUUAAUUGAAGCCUACAGAAAAUUCGAUAUUAGCUGCUGGAUAACACACUCCUUAACAUAUACCUAAGAUCACAUCUCACCCGCUCCAUCACAGAUACCUGAGAUCACAUCCCACCCACUCCAUCCCAGAUACCUAAGAUCAAAUCCAACCCACUCCAUCACAGAUUACUAAGAUCACACCCCACGCCCUCUGUCAUAGAUAUCUAAGAUCAGUUCGAUCCGGGCGAAUUCUUUAUCUUAAAGUUAGGACUGAGAGUUAUACAAAUUCUUUUGUUCCCCAGUCUGUAUGAAUUUACCAGCGUGUUACCACAGCGAUAACUAAAUCUAAAUCUUCCGUUUCUAUUGCACUAAUGGAGUUCAUUUAUGGCUAAUUUCUACGCGAGAGACAUACAUUAGAUGCCUUCAGUUAAUUUUUUAUAAUUAAAAAAACCCUUUGUUUUAGUUAAAACCAUGUAUUUAUUUGUGUGCUGGUAAUGAAUGAUUAAAAUGUAAUCAUAAAACAUUUCAAUUUUUUUGGUUCAUCAAAUAAUCUUUCUUAUCUUAUCUUAUCUUAUCGUGAGCAAGCGUUAAUUAACACUAACCUAUUUCCCUAUCUUAAUUCAAGGACACAGUUGUCGGACUCCAGGCUCUAUCAGCCUACGCCACCAAGUCUCUGAGACCCAACACAAAACUCAACAUCCAAGUGACUGGCCCCUCCGUAUUGGCCGCAUUCAAUGUGACCAGAGACAAUGCCUUGUCCCUCCAGAUAAAACAGGUAUAUACUUCAAACAAAUCAUAAUUAAAGUCUUGCAGCUAACAGGCAUCUUUAUGAUGUCAAAAGAAAAUAUGUCUUUAUUUGUUUUGUUUUUUUGUUAUUCAAGGUAAACAUUCAGAAACAUUAUUUAGGCGCAACCAUUGAAAACGACUUAAGGGUUAAAGGAAAAAAAACCCAGUGAUGUCAGGUUUUGAGAGUUUUGAGAAAAAUUGAUAAAAAGUUUGAAAAAUUAUUCAUGAAAGGAUAAACAUUUCAAGAUGUCUAAAUAUUUAUUAGUUGACUACACUGCUUUUUCGAUUGGGCCUUUGUCCCAUAAUAGUCUAUUGAAUAGAAUGUACUCAUAGGGGAGAUAACUUAAAACUUUUGGAAAAAAACUGCCAUAACUUGUUUUUCCUUUGAACCCUUCGUUUCUUUAUCACACUUUUAAAUGUUUACAAUUAUUUAGAUGUUUGCCAUUGCUUUUUGUUUUCUAUUCUCCCCCAAAGCGCCCCCCCCCCUUUUCUUUUUUUGGUCUAAAUUUUAAAUGUUUUGUAUACCAGUCUUGCGUUGUGUGAUAAUCUGUGAAAGGUGAUUGACUUAACUUAUCCAAACUGAUCAUUUUUACUUUUCCAAAUCCAUGGUUUUUUUUGGUUUCUUCUCAAAGUAGAUCUCUAGCCUUAGUAUUCGCCUUAACCUAUUUGACGUCAACAUAGAGUUUUCUGUAUUUCACGGCGUCAUUGGACGACUCCUGGCCUCACCACCCCCCAACGGAAGGCGCUGCGUGAGUUAACAAAGUGAGCCCCAUUGUCUAGUGUAAAAGGUUAUUAUUUUCAUUGAAUUAUGUUGCCUUAUUUCUGCAGCUGCCGGGAGCCCCUAAAGACGUUGUGAUCACUGCCACAGGAAGUGGUAUCGCCCUGGUAGAUGUAAGUAUUCCACACAAAUAACAACCUAGAAGUUUCCAGCUCUAAGAAACAAAAUGAAAAAGCUGGUGAAAUAUCACCUGAAUUUAUGUUUGCUAUUAAAUCAAUAAGGUUAGCUUCACGUUUAAAAAAAAAAAAAUCUUUUGUUAUGGGUGUGUGUUAUUGUUGUCAUUCUUUUCAGAUCGAUUACAGCUUCAAUGUAAAUGCGGAGCUUGCCACACCCUCAUUCGACGUCAGCACAGUACUGCUGUACGACAAGGUGGACGCAUUCAAUCUAAUGAUUUGUACUAAGUAGGUGGUUCAUUGCUUAAAAAUUUAAAGGUGAUUUAAAGACAAAAUGAUUUGACAGCUGUGUACGCAUUUUCUCCCAACAAUUUACUAGACAGCUGUGUACACAUUAAUUACUCCAAGAAGUAUGCUAUCCUGCCGUGUACGCAUUUUCUCUAAGCUGUAUAGUAGACAGCUGUGUACACAUUUUCUUAAAGCAAUAUUAAUUCUUUAUAUCGCAAUGAACUGCGUUUGGGGAUGGUGGGGGGGAUGGUGGGGGGGGGAAAGGGGGGGGGGAAUUUGAUCUGCACAAAUGCCAUGUACUGAAAUUUUUAUACUGCAAUAUUUUCUGUUCAUAUUGACAUCAACUCUGAUGGUCAUGACGUUAACAAAGCCUGUUGUUUAAAAAAAGUGGCAUUGAAAUGUUGAGGUGUGACUCCCACAGGCGGUUGCUGAGUCGGGAAACGGGUAUGGUGGUGCAGGAAAUCAACAUCCCGUCAGGAUUCAAGCCAGACCUCUCC